AUGGGCAACCUGGUUUCCAAAGUGCGAGGUCGCGGAAAUGGUUUUGAUCAAAGAAGGCCUAAGCUUCACGGUUGCCCCUCUUUCCCUACCCCAAGUUACAGCACUUCCAGCACCUAUAGCGAAGACUUCGAUGUUGCAUCCUCUGUCGGAUGGAGUACGUUUCAGUCGGAUGAUUUUAACAGCACAACGAUAUCGCUUUCGGUGCCGGAGUACUAUGCAAACAGAGCGAGAGGUGAUGGCAACCACUAUACUUCCCUUGCUCAUGGGGCGGGACAGAGUCGAAGGGGGUCUUCGCUCGUCGCACGAGGUCCAGAAGAGCGCGCGAUCACGAGGAAACCGAUUACUUCACGGUCGGUCUCACUUGCAAGCACCGCUGACACUGCGCGGAGUGAACAUCUUGUACAGGGACGCGAUACCUCCACUUACGGGUCAGAGAGAGUAGAUUCACGCCAGCCGCCAAGGCCUUCUAUGCCUUCUAGCUCUCGAAAAGAAUGCAUCGCAUGUCUUGAGGAACUGCGGUCAUCUUCAUUUCCAGGGGUGCCAAUCACGCCCUGGUGUGAACACCCUGCAGGUCAGAUUUGCAAGCCGUGUUUGAAACGGUCAUUGCAAGCCCAGCUGGAGGGCAUGGGCAAUGAAGGGUUCGCCUGUCCGAUCUGUAAGAAGCCCAUGUCUGAGGGGGACGUUCAGAAAUGGGCAAAGCCGGAUGUCGUACGACGGUAUAACAGCAUUCGAACACGAAAGACCCUUGCUGACGAUCCGAACUUCAUCUGGUGCUCAAAUCCGAAAUGCGGAGGCGGGCAGAUCCAUGCCUCAGGAGCCGAAUCACCGAUCAUGACCUGCAUGUAUUGUCACGCUCGGACAUGCUUCACCCAUCAGCGUCCGUGGCACGAAGGACUGACAUGCUACGAAUACGACCAUCCUGAGGUCGUCAUUGAACGAGAGGAAAGGGAGCGGCGAGAGGAGGCUGCUGCUCAGAGAGAGUUACAGCAACAGGUUGAAGCAGAUGAAGUUUUGGCCCGCGAAUUGGAGGCUGCGGACAAUAAAAAUCACCGCCGGAGGGAGGUUGAUCGAAAGAAGACCGCGGAGAAAAGAGCGGCAAAGCAAGAGGCAGACCGACGUGCGCGGCAGGCAAAAGAAGAACGUCGUCGGAGAGAAGAACAAGAGAGACGCCAAAGAGAAGAUCGACAGAGAGACCGACAGAAGCGACUUGAUGAAGAACGCCUUGGGGAGGCGGAAGUCCGCGGAACCAGUAAGGGAUGGAGGCUGCAGGCAUAUCACUUGCACAAGGUGUAA